AUGCAGCUUAUCUUCACGCCGGCGCUUGGGGCGACGACGAGACUUGGGGUAGUUCCAGGGACUACUGUUCAGUUCGCGGCCCGUGUGUCCACCCGUGACUACAACGAGGCCCUCGCCAAUGGCACCCGCGUCGAGCUCUGGGGUGAUCUUCCACGUGGCUCUGCAACCGGAGACUGGGCUGCCACCUGCUUUGAGGCUGCUCCCGUUCCGCCAGAGCACCACGAUUCAGGUGCUCCUCCCAAUGUCCUCUCCCUCCUUCCCGCCAACCCAGAGCCCGUUCCCACAACCUCGGCUGCUCCCGAGACUACUCUUCUUGUUGCCAACUUUACUAUUCCUUCCGACGUCCACUCGGCCGACUAUCAAUUCACCUAUCGUCUUGCCCAUUCGAACGAGUCUAGCACUUGGUACACCUGGCUUGGUGAUGCUGGCUCCAACGGUCACCUCAUCAUUGACCAGGAAGCACCUGCCAUCGAAGGUCUUGUCUUCACUGCGAACUGGAAGACUGACCCCAAUGACGCACAGCUCUCCCCCGCUGACGGCACCGUAGCCACCCUGGCUGGCCCCGUUGAUUGGUCGGGCUGGGCUCUCGACCUUGAUCCCACAUCCGAAUCACCUGCAACUCCCCGGCGCUUCUCGACCCUUCCCAAGGCGCUUAACGCAACUCAUCUUGCGCUCUUCCCCAAUCCAGGGUUGACCACACUGAAUCCUGCUUCCCACAGUCCUAUCUUUGUCUCGACCUCUUCACGCCUAUCUAUCAACGACCGCGCCCUUAUCGCCCAGGGAUCACCUAUCAAGAUCACCCCGCUCUCGCGCUCGGCGGUCGAAGCCUCACUCCCCGCUCAUGCCCUUCUCUUGGCUGAGAGCGCAAGCACCCAUCCAUUCCUAGUAGUACACGAUACUCGUGGCAAUUCACUCUCGAUUCUUCCUAUUGCGCCUACUACUCCUGGCACUCAAGUCAUUUCUCUCGAUCUAGACCAAGCCAAUAUUACCGCCAGUUCUCCCGGAAAAUCCCUCCUGUUUUCUCCAUCCAGCAACAAGGCUACGGUUUACACACAAGGUGCUCGCGUCGCAGUCCCGGUUCUUGGGGGAGAUGUUCAAGUUUGCGAUGUAUAUGCGCUUGGAGAGGACGGACGAUGGGACGUGGGUGUUGUCGGCGGGACCAAGAUCGCUAUCCCCGAGCCUGAGCCUGAGCCCGAGUCUGAGUACCCAGCCUCGAUCGCAGAAAAUGAGGCACCCAAGGUUGCACCUCCGCCUAUCGAAACUCGCUCGCUCAUGCAGGAGCUUAAUGUCGCAUUGUCUCCCGAGACUCCAGCGGAGGCUCGAAUCGAUGUUGCGCCCACCAAGCAGCCUGAGCUCAGGGCCGUUCCAGAGACCUUGGAGUCCGAACUCGAACACGAACGCAGCCGUGCGGUAACUCCUCGCCCUACGUUACCUCCUCCCACAUUCAUCCACGGCGAGAAUCAUACUAUACUUGGGCUUUUCCAAAACAUCGUCGUAGUCUUUAUGUACUAUGUCGCUUGUGGUGCCUGGAACUUGUUUAGUUGGGCAUUCCGGAUGUUCGGGGUUGGUGCACACUCGUCAUCGCCUGUUAAACCAGCGGACGUGGAGUCUCCUGCCCACAAAAAUACAGAGCUUCCUUCUAUGGGUAUCUCUACACCAAGAGGCAGUUUGAGCGAAUCUGGAUCAGAUGUUGGGUCUUUGAACGAAAUUACCCCGACUCCCAUCGAACCCAUGCAUGUGGCCCAUGUUGCGGUGGUCGAUCCUCAACUUGGCGAAGCAUCCUGCUCUCCUCCUUCCCCCACCCAAUCUCCCACCCGCAAGCCUCGCAACAUGCCUCUCACCCCACCCAUGUCUCCCAAGGCAACCGAUCAGUUUGUUAUCCCCGGUCUUCCUGUCGAGCCUGUCGUGUCCAAGCCCAAGUUGGCGUUUGCCACUCCUCAAAAAGCAACUCUGGUCGUCGUUUCCAGCGCACCUGAUGCUGAUACCGACGAGCUCGCGGUCAAGGUCGGUGGUGUGAGGAUUCCUACCGCUUGGGAUGCGUACGAAGGCAGAACCUGGGUCUUUGACGUCGAAGUGGGCAAGGAGACCCUCGAAAUCGGGCUUGCUUGA